UGCGCUCCGUUACUCCUCAGCCAUGGGAACUUUGACUCUCCGUCCACUGCUGCUGCUUCUGCUGCUCUCCUCCGCUGCGGAAGUUUUCAGCUCCAGCAUCUGCUCAUCACGAGGAGCCACCACUUGUCAGCAGUGCUUGGCUGUUCACCCCAGCUGUGCAUGGUGCUACCAGGAGUCGUUUGGAGUGGGAGGAUCCAGUGUGUCCCGCUGCGACACGCCGGAGAAUCUGGUGGAUGGAGGUUGCAUGAGAUCCAAUCUGGAGUUUCCCUCCAGCCAACUUCAUAUUCAGGAGGAUCUUCCGCUCAGCAGCAAGGCCUCUGGCACAGCUGAUGAUGUCACUCAGAUACGGCCGCAGAAACUUCACAUUGUACUAAGACCAGGCGAUUCCAAGCGUUUCACUGUGUCAGUGAAACAGGUGGAGGAUUACCCAGUGGACCUCUACUAUCUUAUGGAUCUUUCGUAUUCAAUGAAGGAUGACUUGGCCCGCCUUCUCACGCUGGGCAAUGAGCUUGCCGAGACCAUGGGCAAGACCACAAGCAACCUACGCAUGGGCUUCGGAGCCUUUGUGGACAAAACCAUUUCCCCUUACAUGUACACUUAUCCUCCGGAGGCGGUUGCAAACCCUUGCUAUGGUAUAAGUCAGACAUGCGAGCCUCAGUUCGGGUUCAGGCAUGUGCUGCCACUGACAGAGCAGGUAGCACGCUUCACUGAGGAGGUGGCGAAGCAGCAGGUGUCUAGAAAUAGAGAUGCUCCAGAGGGUGGAUUUGAUGCCAUCAUGCAGGCCGUGGUGUGCAAGGAGAAAAUCGGCUGGCGUCCGGAUGCCUCACACCUACUGGUUUUCACCACAGAUGCCGUAACUCACAUUGCACUGGACGGGCGUAUAGCUGGCAUAGUGCAGCCCAAUGAUGGACAGUGUCAUCUUGAUAAUGACAACAUUUAUAACCAAUCUACUGUGCUGGACUAUCCCUCCUUGGCGCUCAUGCAUGAGAAAAUGGCUGAAAACAACAUCAAUUUAAUAUUUGCUGUAACCGACCUGGUGCAGCCACUCUACAAGGAGUUCAGUAAGCUCAUCCCAGGCACAACAGUGGGAGUUCUAUCCGCCGACUCUGGGAAUGUUAUUGAUCUCAUUCGGGAGGCUUAUGCGAAAAUUCGCGCUACAGUGCAACUGGAGCUGGUGGGAGUCCCAGAGGAGUUGCAACUCUCCUUCAAUGCCACAUGCCUCAACGGAGAGGUCACCGUCGGACUCAAGUCCUGUACUGGCCUCAACAUUGGAGACACGGUGUCAUUCAGCGUGGAGGCUAAGGUGCAGGGCUGCCCCAAGGAGAAGAGCAGCACUUUUACCAUCAAACCCCUCGGCUUCAAGGAUGCCCUGGAGGUCACGGUGGAUAUCGAUUGCGGUUGCAAAUGUGAGGCAGAUGUAGAAGCCAACAGCCCACACUGCAGCAACGGUAACGGCACCUACGAGUGUGGUGUGUGCCAGUGUCACCCGGGUCGUCUGGGCCCUGUCUGUGAGUGCUCAUUGGAGGAAAACCGACCGUCAGACGAUGCUGACUGCAUCCAAAAGCCGGGCGGCCCAAUCUGCAAUGGGAGAGGCGACUGCUUGUGCGGCCAGUGCUCCUGCCACGCAAAUGAGUUUGGCCAGGUGUGGGGGAAGCACUGCGAUUGUGACGACUUCAACUGCUUGCGCUUCAAAGGGGCACUUUGCUCCGAUCAUGGGAAGUGUAGCUGUGGCUACUGCCAGUGUGACGCCGGCUGGAAAGGAGAAAACUGUAACUGCAGCACAAUCAUUGACACCUGCAUGUCCAGCAUUGGUCUGCUGUGCACCGGCCGGGGGAACUGUGAGUGUGGGGUCUGUCAGUGCACUCAGCCCGGGGCCUACGGAGCAACCUGUGAGAAGUGCCCCACCUGUCCGGAUUCCUGCACCAUAAAGAAAGCGUGUGUUGAGUGUCAGCACUUCAAGAGAGGACAGUACACCACAGACAACAGCUGCAACAGGAUCUGCAAAGAUGAGAUCAGAGUAGUGGAUAAACUGGUUCUCCAAAACACAAAUGCAGUGAAUUGCUCAUACAAAGACGAAAAUGACUGCUUGGAGCACUUCCAGUAUUACGAAGAUGAAAGUGGCAAAUCCAUUCUGUUUGUGGUGAAAGAGCCAGAGUGCCCCGAGGGCCCGGACCUCCUGAUUGUGCUCAUGGGGGUGGUCGGAGCCAUUCUGCUACUGGGCCUGGUUGGCCUCCUCAUCUGGAAGCUGCUGGUCACCAUCCACGAUCGCAAAGAGUUUGGCAGGUUUGAGGAGGAGAGAGCCAAAGCCAAAUGGGAUACGGGUAACAACCCUCUGUACAAGGGAGCCACCUCCACCUUCACCAACGUGGCGUACCGAGGCAAGUGAGGACGAAAUGGAAAGAGAAACACUCAGGGGUCAGUGACAAAGAUGGAAUGUAGCAGAACAGAAAUGGACGGGAAGAAGCUUACACUGUCAUGUGACCAGCUACUGUAACUGAAAAGGGAGUACUGCUGUCAACAGCCUGAUGAAAUUUAUAAAAAAUAAUGAGAACUGUUAAUAUGAGUCACAUGAAGGGGUUGCAUGCUCCUCAGUAUCUGUUUUACACCGUCAUGUCUCCAGUGAGCGGGUUCUGUCCGGGUCCUCCCACAGUCCAAAGACAUGCACAUUGGAGUUAGGUUAAUUGGAUGCUCUAAAUUGCCCAUAGGUGUGAAUGUGAGCUUGAACGGUUGUUUGUCUGUAUGUGUAUGUUUGUUUGUUUGUGUGUUGGCUCUGUGAUACGCUGGCGACCUGUCCAGGAUGUACGCCGCCCCCCCGUCCAAUGUCAGCAGGGAUUGGCUCAGGCCUCCUGCGACCCUCACAGGAUAAGCAAUAUACAUAUUUGUAUAGAUGGUUGGGUUGAUGUCGGCAGCCUUCUCUCAGCACUUCUUCUUCUUUUUUUAAAAUGUGGUUAUUUUCUGUGUCAGAGUGCAGCUGCAGCCUAUUUUAAACUUUUCUUUUCACAGAAUUAAAAAAGGCAGUGAUCAGACCAUUCAGAACAAAGUUUAUUAGAAUAACUAAAAUGUGCACUAUUGAAUCUCCAAUGCCGUUCAUAUACAUUACCAUCUCUUUUUUAUAAUACAAAGUAGUUUAUAGUAAUGGUUGAACCUAGCGUGUGUUUAGAAUGACUUGCAUUACAAUGCCUAUGGUCUAUAUUGUUUUUGAAAUGCACACCAGCAAUGGUAACUUUAUUGGUACAUGACAUGUUUCUUUAUCACUGCGUCGCCACCUCUUGUUGUGCUUGUUGGGCUGUUUUUCUAUUUGUUGUAUUUGUACAUAGGGAUUUGUCCUGCCAUUGCUGAACUGUAAAUUGUGUCAUUGUGUUGGAAUUGUGAAUGACAAACUUGCGCUUACUCCUUAAGCUCUUUAUGUUUACGGGAGGUAAUACUAUUACAGUGUGAGGUGUAUUCUAGUUGAACAGCUCUGAUCCUCUCAGGACAUGGUACAAAAAUACACUGUCUGUUUUGUGUGUUUGUUUGUUUUUGCACACUGGUUUAUCUCUUGUUCCUUUAUCCGUGGGAAACAUAAAGAUGUACAAAACAUGA